GAGUUUGUGGAGCUCGGAGGAAAAAAUUUGUUUGAGGAAGUUUAAUGGUGAACGAGUCGGUGGUAAAAGUACAGAUACUUAUGUACUGUACUGUAGUACAACUACUGAAUCUGCAGAGUGAGAUGUAGUAGUACAAAGUAGAAAAAACACAGUACUUGGAGUAGAAGUACUGAGUUAGUUUCCACCUCUAGAAAUGAACAGAUCCAUUGAGACGUUUUCUCUGAAACAUGAAGCGACUUGUUUCUGCCCACAUUCUUCUUUUAUCAUCUGAAACGUGUUGAAGAAAGUUUAACCGUUCAUGUCUCAGAGAAGGAGCUCCUCUCUGCCUGAUCAACAAUAAAGAAUUCCUAAAGAAUAAAUGAGUCAUUAAUAAUCAUGAGUCACACCUCACCUGAGUGUGUGUGUGUGUGUGUGAAUGUGUGUGUGUGUGUGUGUAUGCGUGUGAGUUCACUUUGACGUCUCAGGAUCAGUUUGUUUCAUCUGAAUACAAGAACAAAACAACUCUUUAAUUUAAACUUUACAAGCCUCAGUGAAAAUGUGUGUGUGUGUGAGUGUGUGUGUGCGUGUGUCUGUGUGUGUGUGUGAGUGUGUGUUUGGACCACACCCAGUGUUUAGUCAGACUUAAUGUGUUCACUGUGCUUCUCACAGAGAGUGUUCUUGUUCUUCUAUCGUUAUGAGGACCAAGUGUGAGUCUGAGGACAUUGUUUUGGAGAUUUUAUAUUUAUUUUUCUGUUAUUUAAUUAUUUAUUUAUUUAUUAACCUCCAUGUGGUGACAAGUGGAAUGUUAAAGAUCACAGAAAAGACAAGAAAAAAUGUAAAAUCAAAUCACGAAAACAUUCCACAUAAUUAAGUUUAAUAAAUAAUUUCAAAUCAGGUAGAUUCAUAAAAAAUGUGUCUUUAACUUGGUUAUUUUUUGUCUCCACAGAUCAAACUGAAGCCGUCGUCACAGUUUGGACAUCAAAACACAAACUUUUGGUUUUACUCUAUUUUUCAUUAUUAUUUUUCUACAGUGGACUUUUAACGGAUUUUGGGAUUCUGCCAUUUUUCUCUAUUUUUGCGUUGUUCACCGGAUAGUUUUCGUUCUGAGGAGGGAUUAUUUUUUGAGAGUUUCUACGUGUUUUGUCUGAAUGCCCCAGGAUUAUCCUCAGGCUGCAGUUCCUCCCCCGGCCUGCAGGGCGGCAGCAGUGAGCGGUGGCCGGCCGCUGGACCGACAGAGCGUCGGCAUGAGUGACUUCUGGCACAAGAUGGGCUGCUGCGUGGUGGCCAAACCACCGCCGAAGAAGAAGAGGAGGAGGAUUGAUCGCACUACGAUCGGAGAGCCGACGAACUUCAUCCACCUCACACACAUCGGAUCAGGAGAGAUGGCAGAAGGGCUGCAGCCGGUGAGACGCCACACCUGUCUGUCUGUCUGUUUACCUGUCUGUCU